CGGGGGAGAAGUGGGGAAACAGCCUCAAAGGCGACCGUCCGACCUACGGAAUUUCUCGAGGGGUAGGGAGGGGCAACCUAAGGACGUAGUGGUGGGGAGGAAAGGGUCCAGGUUAAACCGUCACGCGCAAUCCCCACUUCUUUAGGUUCUAUCCCCACUCCUUUUAUUGUAGAGGAACGAGCGUUCCGUCGGCCCGGCACGCUUCACUCUGAACACGACAGAAAACUCUCGUUCUUCCUCGAGUGAUAGUCAGUCGAGCUCUGACAAUCGCUCCGAGCAGUUAGAGAUUAUUUCUACUGCUGUAUAAUACUAUUACGACUACUACGAUUACUACUAUUACUACUAGUACUAUUCUACAUCACUGUGUCACGAGAAAUAAAACAAGUUUUCUAACAGUUUUCUGCACCGUGCCUAAGAAAAAGAUAAAGAAACUUAUAUUUUCUUUGUUUUUUUUCUUGUUGUGUUGUCGUUGUUUCGAUUUUGCGUUCGAUUUCUUCGAAGAGAAAAAGGACUCCUCGUUAUUACGCAAGCGAAACGAAAUUUCAUUCUGCUACGGACUUUAAUUAAUUAUUCAACAAAAAUUUGUGUUUAACAGUGCAAGAAGAGACUACUCAUCUUUACCUUUCGUAUUCAUUUGGAUUAAACAGUGCCUGCCAGUGUGUUGCUUGUUCCUUCUCGUCGAUAAUUAAAAACAAAACAAACUAUUAUUUUCGUUUGGUUUUUUUCUUCGUUAUUCUUAUAUUGAAAUUCAGUGAUAAGUCGAGAUGGUGACCGGAGUGGGUGCUACGAUGCCGACCGGCGGCGUCACCGUGGGCGCCACGCCACCCACGCAACACGUACCUCAGGAAGCCGGACAACCACCCGCGCAAACUGCCACAACUACGACAACUACCAGAAGAUCCGGUGAAAAUCGACGGAGCAAUAAACCGAUUAUGGAGAAAAGGCGCCGAGCCCGCAUCAAUAGUUGCUUAAAUGAACUGAAGACCCUUAUUCUCGAUGCCAUGAAAAAAGACCCAGCAAGACAUUCAAAACUAGAGAAAGCAGACAUCCUCGAGAUGACUGUUAAACAUAUGGAAGCAAUGCAUCGUCAACAAGUAGCCUUAGCCGCGGCGACGGAUCCGAACGUUUUAAACAAAUUCCGGGCGGGUUAUACGGAGUGCGCCGGUGAAGUUAACAGGUAUCCCGGAUUGGAUCCUGGGAUAAAGAAACGUUUGAUGAAUCAUUUGGCAACUUGCUUAGGAAUGGUUGAAGUAAAUAAUAGUGGUGGUCAAACAACGACGACGACUACGACAACGACGGCGAAUAUUACGACGACGGCUAAUCAACAACAGCCUGUUCAACCCGCCCAACCGACUACUCAAUUGCAAGUGCAUAUUCUACCGCAAGUAGAUGCGACACAGAGAAUUCAGGUGCAACAAUCUAAUGGAUUUUUUCUUACGAACGGCAACGGCACGGGAUUGCAAUUGUUACAAACGAGGCUAUCGAACGGUGAAAUCGCGUUGCUGGUACCAACCGGUGGUAAAGCAACACCAGUGAUAUCCCCGUCAGCUUCCCCAGCACCUAGUUCGCCGUUACCCACUCUAAUACCAAUCCCGCAAAGAACAGCGAGUACGGCAUCUGCCUCGUCCUCAUCCUCUUCCUCAACCGGCUCGAAUUCAACUUCGGCAGCUAGCCCAGUUGGUUUCGAACCACCGCCACCAGCUUUUCGCGAACAACAAACUACGUCGGUCUACGUAACCAGCAGCAGCAAUAGUCACCGAGACGUAGCUACCUCUCCCGCAAACGGAUACACCAGCGAUCCCGAGUUCGAUCCUCGUGUUUACAGUCCGCCACUUCAGAAACCGCUUGCCCUGGUGAUGAGAAAAAGCGUCAUGCCCGAGCUCGAAAGCAAACCAUGGAGGCCGUGGUAAAGUGACGAUGAGAUAAAAAUUUGUGAAUUUUGUGCUAACUAUCAAAUGAUUUGACUUUCUCGAUGAAUUGACAUGUUCCUUGCGCUUGCGCUUGCGCACGCACACACUUAUAAUAUAUGUAUAUAUAUGUAUAUGUUAUAUCUUAAUUCUUUAUUUUAUAUUUUCUUUUUUUUUUUCCUCGUACGCGCGGAGAAUUAUGAUAGAUCUCAAUCGUACGUGUAAAUAUUAUUCAAUGAAGAAAUAUCGAUGAAUUUUUAGCGCGAGUGCGUGUGAUAAUAUUAACGAGAACAAACAACAAGGUGGUGCCUUAUCUAAGUGCCUUACAAAUGAUUUAUACACGUAACCACGGUGUUCGUGCGUCAAACCGAAUUCUGUCGAAUUAUGACGAUGAUUCGUCGUCGUCUAUUGGGAGAAAAUAAAAUAAUAUGACGAUUUUCAAAAAAAAAAAAGGAAAAAGAAAAUAACAGGAAAAAGAAAGAAGAGGUGUACAUAAUUUUUUUUUUUACUCUUGUGAUCGAUCUUUUUUUUUUUGAUAGACAAUUCUUAAGUUCUUUUUUUUUCUUUUCGUUGUGUUUUGUUUUUGUUCUUUAUAUUUUUGCGUGUAAAUAGUAGUUUCGUUAGAAUUUAGGAAAUAUCGUAAUUUUAAGGUGCCUUACGCAACAAGAUCAUCGAAGUCUUCCAUUCUAUUUGAUUACGUUGAAAAUACGUCUCUUUUCUUUCUCCUUCUCUCCUUUUUGUUUCUCUCUCUUUCACUCUCUAUCUAUCUAUCUCUCUGUAUUAAAUUAUACAUAAAUCUUAGCAAUGUUAAUUGUAACCGUCGACGAAUAAAUACGGUGCCAAUAGACAACCCACGACGAAUUCCAUAGAUUAAAUAAUUAUGCGAAGAAAACUAGAAACGAUUGUAGAAAAAUAAAAAUAAUUAAUCUAAUACAAAUUGUGAAGCAUGAAAGAGACUGGUCAAUGAUUUUGUUGAUUGAUUGAUUGCGUGUGCAUGGCUACUACGAUCCUAUUUAUAUUCGUAUUUAAGUUCAAAGAUGUUACAAAAUUAUAAUUACAUAUUCUAUUUGUCGAAAUAGAGAUGAAAGCUUAACGCUUAUUAUUGUAAGAGUAUCAAAUAAAUGUGGAUCUCUUACGAAACAAAAAAAAAAGAAACAAAA